AUGUUUCUAGUAAGUUUAGCAGUGGCGCAUUUUAUUUGUUCUCUGAGAGGAUUAGCCUUUGGAACUGAUGAUAAAACAGUUGAACAGGCCUUGGAUUAUGUGUUCCAGUUACAGGCGAGUAAUUGUGGUGACUUAGUAAUUGGCGAUGUUCUACCCCUUCAGUUUGAUGUCACCGCCUGGGAUCAAUACGCGGAUCCUGCAAUUAGAACAGCCAAUUUGCUUACUGAAAUAAUUGUAUCAAACAACGGAACGCUGGAUUCACUGUCAGACGAAAUGUUCUUUCUGAUGGUAAGGAACAAUGUUCAUGGAAACUCUCUUAUCUUCGGGGCUGCACUUGCAUUUGAAAGAGGUGUUUUCAGCAAAUACGAGUUGUUUGCACCGUAUGCCUACAAGAGCAACAACACCGUACGAUCUCACGACCUCUCCGUCAAUUACUUUUACCUUGACCCUGAUAGAGAAUGGUACAAUAGUGUCAAGGUCAAAGACAAGUCAAAUAUCACCAUGGCAAGAGACGGUGUUCAGUAUAGGGAAAAUAACAGUUUACUACCAGAACAGGAAGAAAUAUAUCCCGUGGCCUCUCUGGCUGACGGUCACUGGACAAAUCCUUACUAUGACUGUGGUGGUGGGGAAAUAUGGAUGGUUACUUACUCAGCACCUAUCUUAAACCUUAAAGAUGGAAAACCUGUUUUUCAAGGUGUGGCUACAAUAGACAUAGAACUAACGUAUAUUGAUAUAAAUCAAUGUGACAGUGAUGAAUCUAUGUCAACUUCGGGACUGGAUGUUUUCCGUGGAACACACAAAUGUCAGCCAACAACUACGUGUGUUCCCGAGAAAGGAAUGGGAUUCGUACCAGGUGCUUAUAAAUGUGUGUGCAAAGAUGGAUAUUUCUUCCCGAGGGUACAUUCUGAAGUCCGUGCUUAUACAGGAGUGGAAAUUGAGAAUUGGACAAGAAAUUCCAAUGAUUCUUUGGGCGUUGGAAUGUUCCGAUGCUCUAAGUGUGCAGCCGGAUGUGACACUUGCGUUGACGACUCGCCAUGUUUACAUCAACGAAGCAACGCUGUAGUUAUUUCACUGUUGAUUUUUAACUUACUAACUGUAGCAGGAAUCAUUGGAAUAGCUGUUUCAACAUAUCUAUACAGACAUGAAAUGGUAAUGAAGUCAGCAAGUCCAAUAUUCCUUGAGCUUAUGUGUCUUGGCGGAGUGUUAAUUUGUACUCAGUUUUUCAUGCAUUAUCCCACGGCUUCAAUCACAACAUGUAGUAUCCGUAUUUGGCCACAGAACAUUGGCUUCUUUGUCAUGUAUGGAUCUCUAGUUCUAAAGACAUGGAGAAUUUCUAUGAUAUUCAGUGUUGGUACACAUAAACGUGUUCGACUGCCGGAUAGAGUCCUUUUGCAAAGACUUGGUUUACUCCUUCUAUUGGUGAUCGCCGUACUGAGUGCAUGGACAACUAGCCAACCACCGAAAAUCGAAACAUUGAAAACGAAAGGAGACUUGAAGUUUUACAUUUGUGACUUUGGUCCUUGGCAGUAUGCACUGCAAGGAGGAGAAAUAUUAUUUCUGUUAUACGGUGUCUACCUGUGUUUUACUGUACGGAAAGCUCCUGCUCAUUUCAACGAAAGCAAACACAUCACCUGGGCAGUGUACAAUGCCAUUAUAUUGGGAAAUUUCAUGUCAUUUAUGUCCCGUUUAUUUAUCUCUGUUAUUGGUCCUGACUACAUGUUAGUGUUCCAGUUUGCUCAAAUUCAGGUGUACGCUACAUUUACGCUUCUCAUUAUUUUUGGACCAAAGGCGUGGGCAAUAAAGAAGAAGAUUGAGAUAGAACCGGUCAAUCCAGCUCUAACUACUCACAAUACCGUACAAACUAUCACUGGAAGAGUUAAAAACAACCAAGUAGCUGCAUUACCAACAAUUAUAAAAGCUCAUGCAGCAACACAAACUAAUUAAAUCAUUAUAGAUAACAAGAUAAAAGAAAAUGCCGCUCUUGGUCUAGAUCAGAUCAGAAAUAAAA